AGCCCUGUUAACUGUGGGCAUGUGCUGCGUGUGGGGUCAUCAGGGAGAGCGGCCGACAGGGUCUUGCAGCUCAGUGGCAAACUUCCUAAGCGCAGGCGACAGAGGGGCAGAUGUAGAGGGAGGCUGUGGUCAGAAAGGCUUUGUCCUACCCCAGGGCACUUGAGCCAGGGCCCGUUUUCUCCCCUUGUGGAGACUGGCCAUUAUGAACAAGUCACAGAGGCCUAGGAUAGGGGGAGAUCUUGAGGCUGCGGGGGUGGUGGCUCAGGAAUCCAGGGUCUGGGCCCACAGGAAGGAACACGUCAUGGCUCUGUUGUCUCCCCGUCAGUCAGCCUCGACAAGGACAAACAUUUCCGCUCCCGGCGCACAGUUAGGGUGGGGCUUGGAUGACUUCCUCAGUUCAGGGCUAUGUGCGGGGGAGGGGAGGUCCAUUGGCUCAGCUGGUAGGAACCAGGCCUUACAAAGUGGUAGUGACUCGGCGGUGAACACCGAGUCCAGCCUCGUGACCCUUGCUGACCCAAGUGUUCUGGGGCUUGUCCCUAGCUGGCUAUACCUCUUGUGUGCCCUACUACCUACAUUUCCCCAGAGGCUGUGACACCUCUGCCAGAGCUGACAACUCAUGUGACUCCCCCUCUGGCGGGGACGGGACUGUCCCCUCCCAAACAAGCCAGGUCUGGGCCCUGACCCAUCUAUGGGGGCGAGGAUUUUCCCUGUUGAGUGGGGGAUUCCCAGGCCUGGCUAAGCAGAUCCUGACCCUGUGUGCCUGUGGAGGAGGGAAGGGUUAUGAGGGUAAGGAGUUUGAACUCUGAACCUAGGGCAGGCUCGGCUUCGGGGGUUAAGACUCUCAUACGGCGCUUAGUGCCCCUCUAAGGGCUGAAGUUUUCCCUGGGCCUGCCUGGGAGAUGGGUGGAGUCUCUUCUCAGGCCUGCUCCAGUUUCCAUGGAAACCCACAGGCUUCCCACCCGGCGGCUGCCUGGGCAGACUCCCAGCCAGGGCCUCUUUCGCCGCCGCCAGCCAGCCAGCCUCUUCCCAGGACCAUAGGCCACUCCAGCCUCAGCUUCGCCCGGUCCCCUCCCUGUGUCUGUUCCUGUCCCUGAGCCUCUGGCCCCUGAUGCCUUCAGUAGUUUGGGCCCCUCCUGCUCCACUCCUAAACUUCAGCUUCUCAGCAAACAGGCCUCCCAAGUCCCUGCUUCUCCCUCUCGGGCCUUGCUAGCCUCACCAGCUCUAGGACCUGGCCAGGCCUCCUAGGCUCCCUCCUCCACCCCCACCCCUUCUCACCCAUGGAGCCCCUGGGACUGGUCGUGCAUGGGAAAGCUGAACCUUUUUCCGCAGCACUCCGAAGCCUCGUCAACAACCCACGAUACAGGUGAGGGGUGGGCCCUGCCUGCGGGUUUUCCUUAGCUGGCUCUGAGGGCCCCAGGACUCUAAGGAGGCCCUGGUGAGAAGAGGCUGGGAAUUAGAACUUGGCCGUCCUCCCUGGUGAACUCACGCUGUGGGGAGGUCAAAUGUGGAACAUGGCUGCUGGUCACUCAGUGUCUGUGAGACCCUGAGGGCCAGAGACAAGGCUGGCAGGGUCCUGGAGGCUAGAGCCUGGAGCUGCUGUGAAGCCCUUCCUUCUUUGGACUUUGAGCUCCUGGCAGAAGAGAAUGAUUCUCAGCCCCUGGGAUCCUGAGAGAUGUGAUGUUUGCUUCGUGGUCGGUCAAGAACGGCAGGAGGUAUUUGCCCAUCGGUGCUUGUUGGCCUGUAGAUGCAACUUCUUCCAGCGACUUCUGGGCACAGAGCCAGGCCCCGGGGUGCCUAGUCCUGUGGUGCUAAGCACUGUGCCAACUGAGGCCUUCCUGGCAGUGCUGGAGUUCCUAUAUACCAACAGUGUCAAGCUUCACCGUCACUCUGUGAGCCCGCUGACCAGGGUCCUGGGUGGGAGAGGCGGGGGGUGCCAGAGGCAAGAGUUUGCCCAUUACACUGUGGGCAUAGGGCAGGGGAAACUCCCUUCCACUCCCCCCACCACCCACUCUACAGGUGCUAGAAGUGCUGACAGCGGCUGUGGAAUAUGGGCUGGAGGAACUGAGAGAGGUGGCCGUAACCUUUGGCCUGGGGCCGCUGCAGGAGCGCUGCGUGGCUUUCAUAGAGGCCCACAGCCAGGAGGCCCUCAGGUCCCAAGGCUUCCUGGAGCUGUCAGCGGCCGCGCUGCUGCCCCUGCUCCGCAGCGACAAGCUCUGCGUGGACGAGGCUGGACUGGUCCGCGCGGCCAGGAGCUGGGCGCGCGUGGGCGCGGCGGUGCUGGAGAGGCCGGUGGCCGAGGUGGCGGCCCCGGUGGUGAAAGAGCUGAGACUAGCCUUGCUGGCCCCGGCGGAGCUGAGCGCCCUGGAAGAGCAGAACCGGCAGGAACCACUCAUCCCGGUGCGGACGCGGGGAACCGGCCCAGCUCCACUCAGCAGGGGGUACAGGGCGCUGGGAGGGGGCAGGAGCGGCCCGGCCACGGUCCUCGGGGCGAGGGGCCACCGCGGUACUGCGCACUGACUGGCCUUGCUCUGCAGGCGGAGCAGAUUGUGGAGGCGUGGAAAUGCCAUGCCCUGCGGAGAGGGGAUGAGGCCCGGGGCGCCCCGUGUCGCCGCCGGAGAGGCACCCUGCCCCGGGAGCAUCACCGCUUUCUGGACCUGUCCUUUAAAUGAUCCAACGCCGGGACUCACGGGGAGCCUUGGACCCGCCCAGUUGAGCCUGCCCCAAACUACAGCUCCCGAAGUGCUCGGCGUUCGGAGCGGGCUUCCGUUCCCAGCAUGCCCAGUAAGCCGGGCGCCGGAAGAACCGUUGUCUGCCACGCGCAGCCUCUUGUGCGGGGUCAAACCCGAGUGGGCGAGGUGGGUCGGGGCCGGGUCGGGCAGGGCUUGGGCUGGGCCUCCCUGCGGGGGCGAAACUCGAAAACGAGGAUUUCCGUCGCUCCACGCCCUCACUCUACGCCCUGCCCCUGGGGGCAUUGUCGUCUACUAGUCUGUUCUGAUGACUCCCACAUAUCUAUCUGUUCAGCUCAACUCUUUCUCUCUUUCUCUCUUCUUUCUUUCUUUCUUUCUUUCUUUCUUUCUUUCUUUCU